AAAAGCAUCAUAUUUAUUUCUGAAUUGGUAGCAUUGCUAAAUUGUCAAAAAAAAGUCAAAACAGCAGUCAAACAUGGAUUCAGCUGCUGAAGAAUCUGAGAAUUUCGAUUCAUUUAGCGAAAAUGAAUAUGGCAAAACAAAUAGCAAUACUCCAAAUGAAACCUCAGUUAGCAAUAAUAACAUCGUACAUAAGUUGUUUAAUAGAGAGAUAUAUGGUAGCACUUCAAGAAAGCCUAGUGACAAAAGCAAAAAGAUAUUCGACAAGAUACCUCCCCGGCUGCGUUUUUGUCUCAUGGACAUUGUGCCUAUGCGGUACUUGAGGGAGCAUGUGUUUAUGGGGUUCUCUCAAUGCGGACAGUUUCUGCUAAGUUUCACUUACAGCUGCAACACUCAGGUGUACUUCCGGGAAAGCUCUAAGUUUACGCUUCAUUUCUUACUGUGGGUGCCGGGGUGCGUGGCGCGGCCGGUGCACAGCGUGCCGCUGUUCGGCGACGACAGUGUGGACAGCAAAGUUACCAUCUCCAUGGCGCAGUGGAAGCACAACCCUGGUGUGCUGGUGGUGUAUGGCAUCGCUGAAUCUCUUUCGGAACGUUCUUAUCUCAGUGUUAUCGGAGUACCUCGGCUAGGAUGUAGAAAGUGCUCUGCCAUUUCCAAAGACGAAGAUGACCCAGACCCAAACUGGAACAAACGUUGUUUAGAGCAUAGUUUCGCGAUACACACUAAAUUCGUCUGCUCCUUCGACUCUAGCUUGUAUGAGCCUGUCGUACAACUUGCCUACACCAACCAAAUCAUCAUCUACACAGACUUCAUACACAUACUAGAAAUAGAUUUAGUCAAACCUGACCCUGAAAGGAGCGAAAUUAACGAGGAACGACAAUUUUCUUUAGAUAGGGAAGAAAUCAAUUCGGUUUACACAAAUCCUAGUACACCAGCUUCCGAUGUAUCUGCCGCUUUUCAGUCCCCCAAAUAUCAAAAUAAUGUGGUCCAGAACAUUCUAGCAGAUUUCUCAGAGAUUGAAGAACCAUAUCUAAUGUCCAAGCCAGUCCAGUUGCCUGAUGUUAUGGGACAGGAAUUGUGUAUCCAAGCCUCCUCUAUAUCACACAAUUUGAUGGAAGAAUGGGAAGGGCCUUCCCCUUCAAUAAGGACUUUAAUAAGCCCGCCUCUAAGGUCCCCAAGAAGGAGGCCAGCAGAAAGCAUGUCUAGGUUCAACGAAGCGCAUAGGAUAAAAGCGGAAAAAGCAUAUGAAUUUGUCGAAGAAGCAGAUGUAAAGUGCGAGAAACUGAGUAUGUUCAGAAAGCGACGUUUAGCAGAUAAGAAAUACGAGUUCUCAGAGGAUAACAACGAAAAUAUCGUCCCUUUUAGAGUUUUAAGGAGUAAUAGGAAAUAUUUCACGGGAUCCACCAGUAAAAGCCAAGCUAGACGAGCGAGGUCGCCGCCGGUUGAAAGCGUAGUUUUGAGGGCCCAUAAUCAAAUUAGGCCUACAUCCCCAACGAGUAGUUUAGAUCUCAAAAACCCGGGGCUUUCUUCCCUGGAAUCCGACAGAAACUCCGAGUCAGAGUAUAGAGUAAUGGAGAUGUUAGACGACGGCACUCUCAAAACGGUGUCAGUACACGAUAACACGUCUAAAACCUUGUCAGAUUGUCCAGUCAGUCCUCAGGAUCCUUAUUUAGUGCAUACGGGGAAUUCCAAGUGCAGUAAAUUCUUUACAAGAUACUUUUUGGAAAGUGAUGACGAGAUUACGUCUAUUAUCACUGAUUCUGAAGAUGACUGCAUAGCAGACUGUCACGUAGCCUUACCCCUCUGCGGGCAGGGGGUGGGUCAGGCGUUGCAGGGGGUGGGGGCGGGCGCCUGGGAGCGUCUACGAGCGCAACCCCCCUUAACGCUGCGAGCUCAACAAAGGACGUUGGAUACGGAGUUACUUUGUAACGAAGUGUGCGGGAGGUUGUGUACUCUGCGGGGCAAGAAGUUCAUAUAUUGCUUCGACUUUGGCUGCCACGUUAUUGACGUUUGUCAGUCUAGUGGGUGUCUUUCUGGGUUGUGUGCGAUGUGGCUGUGGGCGAACGAGGGCGAAGCGUGCGAGGCGUGCGAGGAGCCCUCGGCCGGCUGCCUGCAGCAUCGACGGCAAUACGCCGCGCAGUGUCUCUUCGUGUGGGACCUCGUAAGUGGCGUCUACAGAACGGAAAGAGAGGCUAUGACGGAAGACUUUAGCCAAGAGACCUCUAGAGUUUCAGGCGUGGAGCGCGCGCGGGAGCUGGCCAAGCGGCUGGGGUCCAUCAACGUGCCGCCGGCGCACGACACGCGCUUGCUGACUACCCUCACUGGUAAAUCACUGAAAAGACUGACUGAUGUAGACAACUGUGUGGAAAUAACAAAGAAUCAUCCAGACAGCUCCGAAUCCGAGUCCGAGCCCUCUGAGGACAGCGACUACGAGUAACUUUAUACCUCCUCAUAUACUCCGCCAAGCGAACACGUGAAAAUGCGAAUACAUUGCAUCGAAGUUUGUACAGGUGACGUUAGGUAAUACACGCACAACAGACGGAAACGUUUAAGUGCGGAAACCAGCCCAGAAAGAUAAAGGUAAACAGAUAAUAAUUUAAAAAAUUUCAAAAAAGCCCUGACUGCGGUUUGUGUUGCACCUUUUUCAGUCUUGGUAAGACGGAUAUUGCAGGAAAAAACACUGUAGUUUUUAUUAUUAUUGUAUUAAAUACAAGUAAAAUCCGUCACAGUAGUAUUUACUGUUACUUACUAGUUUACUGAGCAUACAUUUUCCGCCGCAAUCAAAUUUUUAUCAACAAAAAUAGUUAUUUAUUAUUUAAACUACAUAUGGCGUCCACAGUGCAUGCCCGUGCCAUAGACAAACGGGCAAAGGCGACGCGUAGAUUUGCCGCCAUGGCGCCAAAUAACUUGGAAUUCAGAGCUGUGAAAAAGGUCGAACUGUACGAAACAAUUAUUUUAAAGCAUUAUUUUUUCUUAUUUUACAAUCAAAAGAGUGAUUAAUUGUCUUUUUUUUUAAUAUUAAAGAUGUACGUGAAUAAAGUAUGUCAAUAUGUGAUACAUUUUGAUUUUACAAUCAGGAUUUUAAGAGAGCCUAGAUAAAUUAAUAUUUGUGUGUCACAGCGUGCAAUAAUUAACUACUUACGUCACACGUAUAUAUAAUCCGUGCAAAAUGACUUCAUGCCAUUUUAACUCUUAUGGGCCAACUGUCAUGUCAAAAGUACGGUUCAUCUAUAAAAUCUAUAAAAUCGUACUAUUGACAUGACAUUUGACACAUAAAGGUAAAAUGGCUCAUUUUUUACGCACUAUACCUAUUAUGCUUGGUAUUUGCAUCGACAUUUUCCAGUUACGUAAUAUACACUGGCAAAUGCUUACUGCUAACUCAGUGUUCAAAGCUGAAUCAUACCUCUAGCCACAGAGCUCAUUUGACAUUUAUUUUUAAUCCAUUGAAGGUUUUCUAUGAAAAAUUAUUUUAACAUCACUCAGUGAAGGUGAUAUUAUAAUGAACACUGUAAAUAUGUUACACUCAGACAGCCAUAGUUACUAAACUUCUAAGAAGAAAUAUUUUUAAAAUAGUAUGCAAUUUAGUUGGAAGUAUUUUUAAUGUAAAUAUUUUUUUAUAAGUUACCCAAUGUGGUGAAAUAACGUAAAAAUAAAAAUUUAUGUGCUCUAUGUGCAUCCUAUUUUAUGACAGUUGAUAUUUUUAAAUUCCAUGACAGAUCACUUUUUUUUAGUUUUUACUAGCUUUUCCCUCGGCUUCUCCCGCUUGACAGUGUUAAGCUUCGCGACCAAAAUUAAUUAUUUCUUUCUUUAUAGUCGUAUUCCUUCUUUGCUGAGGGUCGUGACUCCUUUCCAUAAAUCACAUGAUGGCAGGAGUUCUCUUGGGAUAAUAAUCCAAAACUAAUAAUAUCAAUAAAAAUCAAUCUGUCUGCAAUAGACAAGUUGGUAAACUAAAAGAA